AUGGACGGUGCCACAGCUGCAGGAGGAAGUAGGGAACCGGCAGCCAAUGGGUCCAAACCCGAGGAGCAGCAGUUUGAUCCCAGCCGAAUGAUAGGUAUAGUUAAAAGGAAGGCCUUGAUUAAAGAUUUGGCCACGGCGUACCAUGCUGAAUGUAUAGCAUCCUGUAAAGAACUCCUGCAGCUUCAGAGAAAGUGGGAGGAGGAACAGCACGUCGAAGCCAAAAUGCCUGAAGAACCAAGAUCGUUGAUGAUCAAGACCUCAAAGCAUAGAAAGAAGUAG